UAGUCAUCGUUAUAUAAAUAAAUGUAAAAUCCCAAAAAAAUCGCCGCCCCAAAACCAGUAUUUUUGUAAUCACGCGCCGUCAGUGCAGAAGCCAUGUGUCCCCUAGGUAAAAUAAUGGGAUGGUUGGAACCUCUUAAUGUUGAUGGCAACAUUAUUCAGACACUAUAAUGUUUAUUUAACUUGCCUGGCAAAACAACCCUUCUUCGAAACUGCUUGAAUCAUAAACACACUGUCAGUGCUAAUGUCUUCACUGUUUAUCUCAGACUGCAGAACAUUCCAGGAAUUAGACAGUAAUGACCAUUAGUAUCAUGUCAACAGUCUCUGCAAUCAAAUACGCGUGAAAAACAUUCAUUAGUUUGAAAAUAUUUUUGUUCUCUAAGUACAUCAGUUAUUAUUUGAUUAGAAAUCAUUGAAACAAUAUCAUAUAUGUAAUUGUUUAAUGUUCAAAAUGAGUAUUCCUAAUCAGCCUCGAAAUUUUGCGUUUCCUAAGCGUACAUUCGGGAAGAAAAAGCCAGAACAGCGUUCAUUCCAAUCUUGUUGGUUUGAUUCCUUCACAUGGCUCCACUACGAUGAGAGCCGGGACCUUGCGUUCUGCCACCUCUGCAUGGCGGCCAAGAAGUUGGGCAAGAUCGGCAACACGAAGGUGGACGGCAGCUUCAUCAGUGAUGGCUUCUCCAAAUGGAAAGCGGGUACCGAGAAGUUCCGGAAGCACGAAAAAAGCGAGUGCCACAAGGAGGCGGUCGAGCGACUGGUGACGCUUCCCGCCACGACGCGUGACGUGGGGGAGAUGCUGUCAGCGGGGCACGCUUAG